CUGAGCUUUGAGAGUGCGCCUGAAAGUUCUCUCCUCCUGCCUCCAAGAACCAUGGUCCCUCUGGCUGUCCUCUUCAUCCUCAUCAUUUCAGUGCCUGGUUUCUACUUUGAAACUAGGUUAGGAACUAGAGGCAUUAAACAUGACAUUCCGACUUCUUGCUGCUUCUCUUAUAUCCGUCGCCAACUCCCAUACAGAUCCGUGUUAGGCUUCUAUGAGACCAGCAGCCUGUGCCACACUCCAGCCAUUGUCUUCCUCACCCGUAAAGGUGAACAGAUCUGUGCCAACCCCCAAAGCAUGUGGGUACGAAAGUACAUCUUCCUUCUAAAACAGAAAAUAAGGACUGAAUAAUGCUACUCCUACCUGGAACAUUUCUACAAAAGCAUUCAACUUCCUCCAC